ACAAAUAACAGCAGGACUAGAUGCGGACCGGCCGGCUUCUGCAUCGUGGAUCGGUCAGCAACGCCAGUCGCGCUCCACGGCGCAACCGCGCCGUUUGCAGUGCGCGAGCUGAUAGCGUAUAGUUCUAGAGCAUACAUACGUUUGUACUACCUGCCGGCAUUGAUACAAAGCUUUUUGGGCCCUGCAGUUUUUUAAGCACCAGCCACAACGUGAAACGCUAUCUGACUGCAAACCCAAAUACAUGCAGGCUAUCUGACGCACUAAUCGUGCAAAGAAGCAACUAUCAACUGAGCCAGAGGACACGCCCGCCAUCUCGCUCCAAACGCCCCGUCGUCUCGUGGACCAUGGGCAGGCUCAAAUGCUAGCUCGAGCACAUCUUUAAUAAGAACCGAUAUAAAAUGCGCCUGCAAGUGGUGCUGCUGACCGUGGCGAGCAUCGCGGCACUCGCUAGCUUGCAGCCCGUCCACAGCACGUUUGUCUUCGCUUCCUACACCAACUGGGCUCGACAGUGUCUAGGGGGCCCAAGCGAUGGAGUAUGUGGCCCCAGCGCUGCGCAGUUCCUGGACUUCACUUACUCGGCGCUCACUGGCGCCCCCGUGACGGUCUCCACCGAGCAGCUCACCAGCGCCUGCCAGCAAUGCGCGCCGGCCCUGGACGCAGCGCUGGCCACGGCGGUGCCGUCCAGCGACCCAGCCGCGUGCCCCUUCCUGCCGGAAAAGGACUCGUUGUCACUGGCCUCCACCGCGCUCCGCCGCUUCGUGUGCUGGGGCACGCCAUCGGCUGCCACCACUUCGCCGGGCGGCGACGGCGGCAGCAACAGCACGGGCACGGGCGCGGGAGCCUGUGUCACAAUGAUGGCGGACGCGCUGGCGGCUGCUGAUCUGUUGGAGCGAGUCAGGUCCUUUGACCCCACGCUGCGCUUCACUGGGUCGGUGCUGCAGCGACUGUGCCCGCAGCUGGCGCCGCCGGCGGCGGGCGGGCCGGGGGGCAGCUGCUGCAGCCGCAGCUGGGCGUACCUCAUGUCCGGCCUGGCAUCUCAGGCCUGCCUGCCGGACCUGGCCCGGGAGUACCUGGCGCUGCCGGGGCGGUGCGAGGUGCUGCUGGGGCUGCCACUGCCCGGCUUCUGCGAGGCUGGCUGGCCCAGCGCGCUGAUGCCGCUGCUGGCCGCGCCGCCCUCGGGUCGCUGCAGCGGAGCCAACCAGCCCAUCAGCUGGCUACAGGGCUCGGCCUGCAGCACCGACCAGCUGCGGAUGGCGCGCUGCCCGCGCUCCACCUGCGACCUGUGGUGCGGCGUGGUGGGCACGGCGGCGGCGGCCGACCAGCCAGCCCCGCCCUCGCCGCCGAGCGGCCUCAACACCGACUCCGGCGGCGGCACCGGCGGCAGCAGCGGCGGCGGCGGCAGCAGCGACAGCGGUAUGACAGUGGCCACGGUGGUGAUCAUUUGCGUGUUCUCGGUGCUCAUCCUAGCGCUGCUGGUGGCGCUGGCCAUGUGGGCGUUUGCGGUGCGCCGCGAGAAACGGGCGGCUGAGCGCGAGGGCUUUGCGUUUGACCAAGAGUUUAACGAUGCACCCACCGUGCCAGCCUCCCCGGCGGCGCCCCCCGGCAAGCUGGUCGAGCCCGCCACCCCCGGUGCCACCGCCAGCGGCGCCGCGCCGCCGCCGGGCAGCGCCGGCGGCGCUGGCGGCUUCGCUGCCGCCAUCACUGCGGCGGCGGCAGGCGUGGGUGCGGCGGGCGCGUCUACACCCCGCUACAUCCCUGGAGGCGGCGGCGGCGGCGGCGGCGGCGGGGCCGCUGGUGAUGAUGGCGCGGCAGGCCCCAGCACCACCUCAGGCGCUGGCGCCGCCGGAGGCGGCAGCAACGUUGCUCGGACGCUGGUGUUCGACGGCGCAGCCGCCGGCCCCAGCCGCGCCGCCGCCGCAGGCGGCGGCGGCAGCGCUGCUGCUGGCGGCGCAGCCGCCGCCACCGUGGCGGCCGCCGCUGGCGGCGCCGCCGCCGGCAUCAUGGCCAGCAGCAAGUACGGCAGCGCGCAGUCGCUGCUGCGGGCGCCGCCGUCGGCUGCGGGCGCCAGCACGCACGGCACGAGCACGGGCGUGUUCAUGACGCCGGCCACGUCGGAGAAGUCGCUGGCGCAGCUGGACCGCCUGCGCUCCCACCGCGUCUCGAACCCGGGUUCCGAGAUGGGCACGCAGUACGACUCGAUGCCGCUGCCGGACAAUAUGAGCAGCGUGGAGGGCUCCGUCUCCAACCUGCCGCCGGGCGCCUACAUCGGCUCUCACGCCGUGCUGUCCCGUGACUCGGCCGGCUCCUACGUCACCGCGCGCAGCGGCGCCGUCAGCGGCACAAGCCUGCUGUCCGGCCCCGGCGCCGGCGGCAGUGGGCUCGCCAGCGGCACCGGAUCGGUGCUGCUAGGACCGGGGCCCGGGACCAGCCCGCCGCUGCCGCGGUCGCAGCUGGCGUCUGGGACGGCGUCGCCGCUGCCGGCGGGGCUUGGGUCGCCGGCGCCAGGCGUGGCGGCUGCGGCUGCGGCCGUGGGACCUAGUGCGGUUGGGGCUGCGGGUGUGGGAGCGGGGGGUAGCAGUGCUGGGGAAGCGGGGGCGGCGGCAGGCAGUGCGGGGGCGCCGGCGUCCGCGGCGACGCCUGUGCCGCUGCAUACGCGGCGCGCGUCCGACAUACCAGUGUUGGAGACUGUGAAAGAGCACUGAUGAGCGAGUGGGCGAUGUCUUGUGGGACUGAGGUCGGCCCCAGCAAUGCGGCCCUCGGAUGAUACCGUAAUGCAUUAGUAGUUAGUACCUUCCACUUGUACGGUAAUCCGCAUCUCAUAAGGAGCUACCGCACGGAGCUACCCAAGGAGCCACCGGGUGUGCGAUGGGAUUGUCGGCUGUGAGCUCUCUGUGCCGUGGUCAGUGCUGGUGCGCUUUUUCCUGGCGCACAGGGCCAGAGGCCUUGGGGCGAUGCACGGCCUGUUACCAAAGAUGCUCUAAAAGACAACUGUGCACGAUGUCGCUGAGAGGAUGUUGCUAUUGACGUGUAGUGAGUUACGAGGAUGCGGCGCUAGCUCCCCAGUACUCCUUUGUCAUGUGUUGUACAUACGCAUGUAAGCUUGCAGCAAG